AAUAAAUAUAAAUAUAAAAACAUAGGCGCUCCGUUCCUCUUCUUUCCUCGCGAUAAAACCCUAAUUUACUCUCUCUCAUCUCUCUCUCUAUCUCUCGUCUCUCUGGUUCAAAUUCACGUCGAUGGCGAUAGCGAGCGAAGGCGAGACCUCCUAUCGUGGCGGAGCUGGAGGCAAAUUCCAGAAACGGCCUGCUCGGAGGCACCAAACGACGCCGUAUGAUCGGCCGCCGUCGAUUGUUCGAAACCCUAGACCCGGCGGGUGGGUCUCCAAGCUUUUUGACCCGGCUUCUAGGUUUAUUUCUGCGAGAGCUUUCAAGUUCUUCUCCAAUUUUCGUAAACGAAUCACAGAAUCAGAGCAGGAAGCCAAGGAUGUACCUCAGGAGGCGACUCCCACGUUGGUAGAUUGUAAAGGAACGCGUGAAAGGGACAUAGCUUGCAAUGGGGAUAUAAACAACAGCUUUGAAGGCAGUGGAAUAUCAGAUCUUGAACAAAUGCUACAGCAGAAGACUUUUACCAGGUCUGAAAUUGAUCGUUUAACUGAACUAUUACGCUCAAGGACAAUGGAAUCUUCAAAUCAGGAUAAGGAGAAAACAAAUGAAGGGAACCUAUAUAAAUCUGUAUCAGAUGUUGAAAAACACAAUGUGUCAAUGAGAAGCCCAUUGCAAGAGAAAAGGGAUGAUGGUAUUAAAUUACAAAGGGAUGUUACUGUUACUGGUGUUGGUGCAAAGGUUCUUGAAGAUGAUAUCGCCUCACCUGCAGAGCUAGCAAAAGCCUACAUGGGUAGGUCUUCCAAAGUAUCACCGUCAAUGUUGGGUGCUCGUUCUCAAGCUUUUAAGGAAGAAACACCUUUGCUCAAUCAUGGUGUAUAUCCUUCAAAAUCAUCUGCACUAUCGCUAGUCUCAAAGUCGCUGCUGCGUGAAGGGGUACCUGAGAAGAGCUUCGCUACCCCGAGAUCUCGGGGAAGAUCGGCAAUAUAUAACAUGGCCCGAACACCAUAUUCUAGGGGUGCUGCGUCUACAAAUUACAUUUAUGCUGGACCCUCCUCCUCCUCCUCAUCUCCUCAGUCUGUCUGGGAGCAUAAUGGACAAUCAGGGUCUAAACAAUUGGCACUAAAGCGAAGAAGUUCUGUAUUAGAUGAUGAUAGUGGAUCUAUUGGUGCCAUACGGAGAAUUAGACAAAAACCCAAUCUGUUGUAUAACACAAGUCCACUGCCCACGCGUGGGACUGAUCUUGGUCGUAGUGCUGGUCAAAACCAUAUAUCUUCGUCAGAUAAACCUCUCCUGCUGGAUGAUGCUAAAAAUCAAGUCUCAAAAAAUAGAGAAGAAUCAGAGGAUGAUAGCAUUGCUGGAUUCAGAUACCCCCUUGUUAAUUCACAAUCCCGUCAGAUGGCGUCUAAAAUUUUGCAACAACUUGAGAAGUUUACCCCACAGAAAUCAUCAGAAUCAAAAAUGACUACUGCCAGGGAUAAAUCACCUAUUAAGUUGACUUCUAAUAUGCUUCGUGGGCAAGCUCUUAGAAGCUUGGAGAAUGCGGAUUCAACUCAAUACCUACAGAAGCAAGACGCUGGGAAGUUGGAAGAUUCUAGCAAUGCAUUGCAGGAUGCUGGUGGACAAGUCUCCCAAAAGAAAGUCAUUGUUGAAGAAAAUGGCUUUAAAGAGUCAAACAUUACUCUGAAGUCUAUAGCUUCUUCUUCAGAUGCUAAUGGUGCAAGCUCCAUGACAAAUGCUGCACCUAACGUAAAGAAUGGAGAUUCUAAUGUUUCAAAAUUUGCAGCACAACCUCCUCAAAAGAAACGUGCUUUUCGCAUGACUGCAAUCGAGGAUUUCGCUGACCUGGAUGAUGAAACUUAUACAAAUGGAUUUGCUUCUGGUGAAAGGACAGAAGAAUUGCAGAUAGUUAGCAAGUCUGUUUCUCCUCAAGACAAAGGAAUUGAGAAAAUUUUGACGAAGGCAGAAGGAAAGAUACCUGAGAAGCUGACAUCAAAUAGUACUAGUGAUCAUAAACUUUUUGGUGGGCUUGCGGCUGCCAAAGAAAAUACUGGAUUCCAGACUCCUGUAGUGGCUUCCAUCUCAAAUUUCAAGCAAGAUGUGAAUGAUCAAUCAACUUCGGUGGUUAACAAUUCUGUGCCAUCUAGGGAUACAAGUGGCUCUCCCACCUUGUCUGGUCUGAGUUCAAAAAACGUGAAUGCACUUCCAUCUUUUACAUUCUCUGCAUCACCUUUCGGUGAAUCGUCAGGUUCAAUCCCUACUUGGUCUGAUCCAAGCCAACAAGCCUUAAACAGCUUUGGCAAUGAUACUCAGCUGAGAACUAAGGAAUCUGACAAAGUUAAUGCUAAGAGUCCUGAAAAGUUAGGACAGGUGAGCUGGCCUUCAGAUAAUUCAACACCCGUUGCUGUUAAAGCUUCCACAGCAAGUGCGUUAGUUCCCAGCUGCGUACCUUCUGAAACAUUGAAUAAUGGACUAGCUGAUUCAAAACCUUCUAGUGAUAUAUCACCUCCUAAGCCGCCUUCAAGUAAUUCUACAGAGCAAGUUCUUGGAAAUAGCUCUACCACUACCCACUCUCUAACUAGUGCUGCCAUGACAUCUGGUAGUACCAGCAUCAGCAGCCCGUCUAUAUUUGCUGUGAAACCACCCUCAUUUACUACAGCACCUGCUGCAUCACCCCCUUUGUUUUCUUCAGAACCUGUUGCAUCACCUGUUUUCAGCUUUGAACCAUCAAAGCCCAAGUCAAGUCCAGCUACGACAGUUUCGACUGUCACAGGUGCAGAUACCACAGAGAUGAAGUCUAGUGAGGGAACGCUUAUCAGCAGUUCAGACAAACCACCUUCUGGUAGCAUGUUUGCAACGACAAAUGCAGGAAACAACCCUUUUGGAUUCAGCUCUUCAUUUGCUGCUUCUUCUUCUUCGUCCGCAGUUAAUACACAGUUGCCGCCUAAAAGUGGGGCGCCCGCAGUAACACAGAGUGUUCCCUUCCAGUUUGGUUCAUCUGGCUCAUCAACGAUAUUUGGGACAUCAGGGACAUCAUUCACCACCAAUGUAUCUGUGACAGCUUCAUCAAUUUCUCCUGCAAAUCCAUUUGGCUCAGGAACUACCUCACUCAGUACUACCAGUUCCCCUUUUUCGGCAGUUUCUCCUGCAAAUGCAUUGGGCUCAUCUGCAAGUUCACCAUCCCCAUCCCCUUUUUUCUCCUUUGGAGCAUCAACUACAGCCAGUACACCGAUGGUGUUUGGACAAUCCACUGGUACUUCAGUGUCUACUUUCUCAUUUACUUCACCCACUUCUACAACUUCAUCUAUGCCGUCUUUAUCCCAAUCAAAACCUGUAUUUGGAAGUGCAGCUGCUGUCAGAUCCCCUGGAAAUAAUGGUGAUCAGAUGAACAUGGAAGAUAGUAUGGCGGAGGAUCCUGUGCAUUCAUCUAAUCCUGCUGUACCAGUCUUUGGCCAAUCAUUGGUCUCUCCUUCAAAUUCUACUGUACCAGUGUUUGGCCAGGCAACUGUCACUUCAUCCAAUGCUGCUGUACCAGUAUUUGGCCAACAAUUGGUCUCUCCAUCCAAUCCUACCGUUCCAGCAUUUGGCCAAUCAUUGGUCUCACCAUCUCCGCCUGGCUUCAUGUUUGGUUCUGCAGCUCCUUCGUCAAUAUCCUCAUCACCCUUUCAGUUUGGUGGUCAGCAAAAUCAAGCCGCUCCACAGAACCUACCUUCAUUUCCAGCAUCUAAUAGUCUAGUUAACAGUGGAGGGAGUUUCUCAUUGGGAUCUGGUGGUGGAGAUAAAGGUGGUCGGAAAAUGGUUCGGGUCAGCAAAAACAAAAAUAGGAGGAAGUAGGGAGGCAUCCACCGGUCAUGUCAUUUGCUUCUGGGAAGCGCAGAUUUUUAUGGUGAGCAGUCAACAGCUGAUGUUUCCUGUCACUUGGUCAUUGAGAUUGUAUUAGUGAUCAUAUUCAUCAGCCUUGCCUGGUGUAAAAAUUGGUGGACAUUUUUUUUUUUUUUUUUGUUUUUCAUUGGUCACAGCAUCUCACUUUCUGUUUGCGUCUUGUCAUUGUUGUUAACCCUGUUAGCUGCUCAAAGUAAAGAUAUCUAAAUUUUGUCCCAAGUCAUGAGUCAGAUUAGAAAAAUGGUUGGACUGUGCCAGUAGAGGUAGAACUACAUGUUUUAGGUCUGGAAAUGUCUUUAUGAUGUGACAUAUUUUUACUUUUUCCUGUAUGGUAUGUAACAUCAAAAGGAAAUUGUUGGAAUAUCUACCUUGAUUUGGUUCUA